AUGUUUACGACGUGUGCGACGCGCUUUUACACCAAAACGACGAGAAACGCAUCGCCUCCGUCCAAAGCCUCUGUGAACGCUUCCUUUCUUCCGUCGGUUCGGCCUUUGUCUUCCUCUAAAAGAACCAACAACAACAACAAAACCAUUCGUCGUCGUAACGGUAUGACACUGAACGCGUUUGGAGGAGGAAAAGGUUCACCUCCUAAAGAAGAAGAAGAAGAAGAAGCAAGGAAUGAAACGAUACAAACGAUGCGAGAAGAAGAACGAAUGAUGUUUUUACGAAUCGAAGACGUCUCGCACGUCCCACCGGGAUCGGCGAGACCGACCUUGACGAAAUGCUUCGUUGGAUUCCCGAAACAGGGUUUAGUGUUACUGGUGGGAAAAUCCGGAGCUGGGAAGAGCACUUUGUUACACUUAAUCGCCGGUCUAUCCGAACCAACCGAAGGCGGGAUUUAUAUUCUCGACGACGACGAGGACGAGGAGUAUGAAGAGGAGGAGGAAAAGGAAGGAGGAGGAAAAGCGACGUCAACGCAAAUGUUGCAAACGCGACGAAGAAGAAAAACGCACACGCCGGCGGCGGAGCGGACGAAAAAAGUCGGCCUGUGCUUCCAGUUCCCCGAGCGGCACUUUCUCGGGAGGACGAUUUUAGAAGAGCUGACGUUCGGGUGGCCGCAAAACGCGAGGUCGUUUCGGAUGCGGCGAGAGCUCGCGGAGACGACGAAGAGAGCGUUGAGAGCGGUUGAUAUGCAGGAGUAUCCGUUGGAGAGCGAGGUGAAGACGUUGUCGGGAGGGUAUAAGAGACGAUUGGCGUUGGCGUGUCAGUUGGCGAGAGACCCGAAGGUUUUGUGUUUGGACGAGCCGUUAGCUGGGUUGGAUUGGAAGUCGCGGUCGGACGUGGCGAAAGUUUUAGAAAAGUUAAAGAGAGAGAGGUUGAUCGUCGUCGUCACGCACGACGUGGAAGAGAUGAAACGCAUCGCCGAUUUCGCCUACCGAGUGAGAGAUAACGGGAAAGGAAUCGAAGAGGAAAUAGGUUUAGCCGAAGGAGGAGGAGGGCUUUCGUGGUUCGAAAAGGGAGAUGAAACUACCGCGGCUUUGAAGAGCGAGUUUGGCGAGUUUUUGUAG